AUGAGUGACACCCCUGGACCAAUGAGUGACAGUCCUAGACCAAUGAGUGACACACCUGGACCAAUGAGUGACAGUCCUAGACCAACUAGUGACAGUUCUGGACCAGUGAGUGACAGUCCUAGACGAACUAAUGACAGUUCUGGACCAGUGAGUGACACCCCUGGACCAGUGAGUGACACCCCUGGACCAGUGAGUGACACCCCUGGACCAGUGAGUGACACCCCUGGACCAGUGAGUGACACCCCUAGACCAAUGAGUGACAGUUCUGGACCAGUGAGUGACACCCCUGGACCAGCAACACCCACAACUAACCAAGGUAUAAAUUCUCUCUCCUCUGAGCCUCCACCACCAGUCAGUCCUCAUCACACCUCAACACAACACCUCACAGGAGCUCAGGUAUACCGCACGCACAAUGACCUGAAGGUGUAG